CGGCCAUGUCGGUGAGGGUGCGGUUCCUGUCCCCCGGGGACGCGGGGGCCGUGGGGGUCGUGGGCCGGAGUGCCUCCUUCGCGGGCUUCAGCAGCGCGCAGAGCCGGAGGAUCGCGAAGUCCAUCCACAGGAACUCGGUGAGAUCUCGAAUGCCUGUGAAAUCCUCCAAGAUGUACGGCACGCUGCGGAAGGGGUCUGUCGGCCCCGACCCCAAGCCGCAACAAGUGAAGAAGAUCUUCGAAGCGCUGAAGAGAGGCCUCAAGGAGCAUCUGUGCGUCCAGCAGGCCGAGCUGGGGUACCUGUCGGGACGGCACAAGGACACCCACAGGAAUUCCAGGCUGGCCUUCUAUUACGACCUGGACAAGCAAACGCGCUCCGUGGAGAGGCACAUUCGGAAGAUGGAGUUCCACAUCAGCAAGGUGGACGAGCUCUACGAGGGCUACUGCAUCCAGUGCCGCCUGCGCGACGGCGCCUCCAACAUGCAGCGGGCCUUCUCGCGGUGCCCGCCCAGCCGCGCCUCCCGGGAGAGCCUGCAGGAGCUGGGCCGCAGCCUGCAGGAGUGCACCGAGGACAUGUGGCUCAUCGAGGGGGCCCUGGAGGUUCACCUGGGCGAGUUCCACGUCAGGAUGAAAGGUCUGGUGGGCUACGCACGCCUCUGUCCUGGAGACCAGUACGAGGUGCUCAUGCGCCUGGGCCGCCAGCGCUGGAAGCUGAAGGGCCGGAUCGAGUCGGACGACAGCCAGACCUGGGACGAGGAGGAGAAGGCCUUCAUCCCCACCCUGCACGAGAACUUCGAGAUCAAGGUGACAGAGCUGCGGGGCCUGAGCUCGCUGGCGGUGGGCGCAGUGACCUGCGACAUCACGGACUUCUUCACGACGCGGCCGCAGGUCAUCGUGGUGGACAUCACGGAGCUGGGCACCAUCAAGCUGCAGCUGGAGGUGCUGUGGAACCCGUUCGAUACUGAGAGCUUCCUGGUGUCACCCAGCCCCACGGGCAAGUUCUCGCUGGGCAGCCGGAAGGGCUCCUUGUACAACUGGACGCCCCCAAGCACCCCCAGCUUCCGGGAGAGGUACUACCUGUCCGUCCUGCAGCAGCCAGCGCAGCGGGCCUUGCUGGCGGGCAGGCCAAGGGCCCCCUCCGUCCUGAGCUGCCUGUCGGACAGCGGCCUGCAGGGCUCCGGCCUGCGGAGCCGGAGUCAGGAGCUGCCCGAGAUGGACUCCUUCAGCUCUGAGGACCCCCGGGACGCCGAGACCAGCACGUCGGCAUCCACCUCGGACGUGGGGUUCCUGUCCGUGGCCGCUGGCCCCGACGCCUCCAUUGAAGAGGAGGCCCAGGAGGACCCCCCACCCCUGGGCCUCCUGCCGGAGAUGGCCCACCUGGCGGGAGGCUCGUUGGUGGAGCAGCCUGGCUGGAGGAAUCUGGGAGUUGAGAGCCCCAUCCUGCCACGGGGCUCCCCAUUCCACAGCCACAGGAUCCCGGGUGGCCAGGAAGGCCGGGAUGAAGGAGAGACCAGGGACGGAGUGGAUGGGCCUGGGGCGACCCUCGAGAGGCCCCUGCAGGAGGUCCUGGACUUGCUGAGGUCCAUGGACUCGGCCCAGCCCCGGCUCCGGGAGCUGGAGUACCAGGUCCUCGGCUUCAGGGAGCGGCUGAAGCCCCGGGGAGCGCGCCAGGACCACGCCUCCGCCGAGAGCCUGAUGGAGUGCAUCCUGGAGAGCUUCGCCUUCCUCAACGCCGACCUCGCCCCGCAUGAGCUGUCCCUCCUGGGUGGGGGCCCGGGGCCCAGAAAGGACAGGACGCCACCCCCACCGCCAUCACUGAAAGCUUCGUCCGAGGAGCUCACGGCCGGCGCCCCGGAGCUGGACAUGCUGCUCUCGGUCCACCUCCAAGUCUGCCAAGCUCUGCUGGAGAAACUGGCCUCUCCUAAUUUGUCGAGGAUGGUCCAGGAACACCUUCUGGAAGAAGCUGUGCAGCAAAAGCAGGUCCUGGAGACGCUCUCUGUGCUUGAUUUUGAGAAGGUCAGCAAGGCGACCUCCAUUGAAGAGAUUCUCCCACAGGCCGCCCGGAGGAAGGGGUGUCUGAGGCUGUGGCGAGCGUGCACGGAGCCCGGCGGGGUCCUGUCCUGCCCCGCCACGGCGCUGCUAUGCCAGCUCAAGAGAACGUUCCUGCACCAAGUCAGAGGGAAGUACCCGGGACAGCUGGAAAUAGCGUGCCGCAGGCUCCUGGAGCAGGUGGUCAGCUGCGGCGGGCUGCUCCGCGGAGCCCGGCCCCCCGAAGAACAGACGGUCACCUGGUUCCAGUUCCACAGCUACCUGCAGAGGCAGAGUGUCUCCGACCUGGAGAAGCACUUCACCCAGCUCACCAAGGAAGUAACACUCGCUGAGGAGCUGCAGAGCACAGGGCAGGUCAAGACAGCCCGGAAGCUGCAGGGGAAGCGGCUGGACCAGCUCCAGCCCCUGCCACAGACGUUAAGGGCCUGGGCGCUGCUCCAGCUGCACGGGCCCCCGCGGGUGUGCAGGGUGGCCAGUGCUCGCCUGGCCAGCGCAGCCAAGAACAAGAGCUUUCGGGAAAAGGCUUUGCUCUACUACACCAACGCCCUGACGGAGGACGACGCACAACUGCAGCAAGCCGCAUGCGUGGCACUGCGACAUCUCAGGGGCAUCGAAAGCAUCGAUCAGAUCGCCAGCCUAUGCCAGUCUGACCUGGAGGCCGUGCGAGCAGCAGCCCGGGAAGCCACACUGUCAUUUGGUGAAAAAGGACGCUUAGCUUUUGAGAAGAUGGACAAACUUUGCUCAGAACAAAAAGAAGCCUUUUGCCAAGAGGCAGAUGUUGAAAUCACGAUAUUUUAAGAAGCCUCAGCUGAUGAGCUCAAAUCUGGCAUCUUGAUGUUUGCUGCUGCCCGGCUUCGACACGGGGACUGAGCUUCAGGUGGGGGCACCCUGUGUGCUCCCC